AUGGCACCGAAGAAGGAAAAGGCUCCGCCUCCGUCUUCCAAGCCCGCUAAGUCCGGCGGCGGAAAACAGAAGAAGAAGAAGUGGAGCAAGGGAAAGCAGAAGGAGAAGGUGAACAACAUGGUGCUGUUCGACAAGGCCACCUACGACAAGCUCAUCUCGGAGGCACCCAAGUACAAGCUCAUCACCCCUUCCAUCCUUUCCGACCGUUUGAGGAUUAAUGGGUCACUUGCAAGGAAGGCAAUAAGGGAGCUGAUGGCCAGAGGCUUGAUCAGGAUGGUAUCAGCGCAUUCAAGCCAGCAGAUAUACACUCGGGCUACUAAUACCUAA